CUGAUAAAUAUGGUCGUCAUCUUUGAUCGACUGUUACGGAAAUACCCUCCGUGGUAGUUUGGUCUUACGGCCUCCACAACAGACUGCUAUCCUGUUCACUCCCCUCUUCGGUCCAUUCGGGAUUUGGGUCCGGUAAUGGCGUCAAUCUCGGUGACCUGGAUGAUCGGAAUCUCAUGCAGUUGCAGCUUACCGAGGGCAACCCAUCGCCUUCAGCAGCCCUGCAAGAUUAACUCGUUUAUCGCGAAGUCGGAGAUUGGGAGAAGAUCUGACGGGAUCCGUCCUACGUCGGUUCCGAUUUCAGUAACAAAUAGAUUAGCUGUUACAUUGGAACAUCAUGAAAGAAGAAAGAUACUUUUGAUCUCCGCUAUUGGAUGUCUAAUUGGCACUUUGCAAAAUUCUCUGGACAAUCAAAUGGCAGUAGCAUCAGAAUUUGCUGACAUGCCAGCACUUCGUGGGAAGGACUAUGGGAAGACAAAAAUGCGCUAUCCAGACUAUAUGGAGACCCAAUCAGGUCUUCAGUAUAAGGAUUUGCGAGUAGGUGAUGGUCCUACCCCAAAAUCUGGUGACACAGUUGUGGUUGACUGGGAUGGAUAUACAAUAGGAUACUAUGGUCGCAUAUUCGAAGCAAGAAACAAGACAAAAGGUGGUUCUUUUGAGGGAGAUGACAAAGAUUUUUUUAAGUUUAAAGUUGGUUUUAAAGAGGUGAUUCCUGCAUUUGAGGAAGCAAUUAUUGGCAUGGCACCUGGAGGUAUCAGGAGGAUGAUAGUACCUCCCGAAUUGGGUUAUCCCGAUAAUGACUACAACAAACUUGGCCCCAGACCAACGACAUUCUCAGGCCAAAGAGCUCUCGAUUUUGUUCUGAAGAAUCAAGGCCUGAUAGACAAAACCCUUUUAUUUGAUAUCGAACUGCUUAAAGUUGUCCCGAGCUGAAUGCGGUCUGUAGUUUUUUAAUUUUUUGCACUACAAUAUUUGAUUUUACCAUUUUACUUGACAGGCGGGAUCAUUUUUCUGAGAUUGAUUCCUGCUUGGCAAAUAUGAUGACCAAUGUCAUGUUCGUGAAUUACUUUCAAUCACACUAUUAAAUGUAACUUGUAUUUUCCAUCA